CAUUAUGCUUCUUUACAGAGAAGAUGAAGAACUCUCUGCUGGCAGCUAUCUUUUUACUUGUUAGAGAUUCCUGCCGCUGCACAGACUGGGACUCUCCGUUCUGCCGGCAGCUGCCAGAUUGGGACAAUGAAUUGGUGUGUUACAAAGAAUUAAGUGAAGAUCUAACCUGUACCUGGCUGCCAGUACCUAGUGCUGCAAAUACAUUUAAUUAUACUGUAUACUUAAAAUGGAACAAAAUACAAAAACCUUUUCAACGAAACACAUCAUCACCUUCCAUCACAAUAGAACGAAAGAAUCUCUACAUUGAGAGAUUUGCAACCGUUUGGAUAGCAGUGAAUUAUGGCCAUGACACCUGUGCAAAAGGAAAGAACAUCUCAGUUUUACCAAGCAAAGCAGGAAAGUGCUUGUCACCAUCUAACAUAAAUGCUUAUCAGAUCACAAACCAAUUGAUAAUAAAGUGGGACCUGCCCACAGCUGAUACACCAUACGAGCUGAGAUACAGAGAGGCACUCACAGAAUCUGCUCCGUGGACCCUGGUGCCUGUAGGAAGCAAUGUUUUCAAUGUCACCAUUUCAAAUUUAAAUGCUAUGUCUUCAUACAUUGUUCAGCUCAGAUGCAUAACCAAGGAUGGUCUCAACUGUGUUUGCAUUUGGGGCAAAGAGGUUUUGGUCCCUCACAAACUCAUGAACAAGCCAAGAAUAUCAUAUAAUGUAACUACACAAGUGUCUCCAGGAAGAAGAAGUGUUCUUCUGAAGUGGGAGGUAGCACAAAGCGAGAAUGUCCUUGGAUAUUAUGUUAAUGUGGAAAGAAUACCCAAUAGCUGCAGCCAACAACCAAAUCACAUCUCUCUCAAAGACAGAAUAAUUCUUGUUAAUCUCUCCAUGGCUUACUAUAGACUUAAUAUUUCUGCCUACAAUGAAGCAGGAGAAUCUCCAGGAGCUAUCUACAUUGUCCCAGAAUUCUCUGUAACAGACUUGCCUGGUCAAAUCCAUGUCAAAAGCCAGGGAGCAAAUGCAGUUGUCACAUGGACUCCAGAAUACAAACCAAAAUGUUUUGUGGUUGACUGGGGCACUAGUAAAGAGAAUAUGCAGAUGAAAAUAAUAACUACUGCUACUGAAAAUUUCACAUUAGACAAUUUUCAGCCAUAUAAGUUGUACAAAAUAAUGGUGCAUACAUCUGAUGUGUGUCAGUGUGAAAGUUUCAUAAGACAUGAAAAGACUUUUGGAGUGACCCACUUUUACUUCGUUGAAGGAGUUCCCAGGACUGGUCCCGCUAAUGUGACAAUUCUGAAUAUCACAAAGCAUUCUGCACUUGUGAAGUGGACUGAAAUAGCUGCAGAAGACCGUUUGGGCUUUCUCCAGGGAUACAGGAUCAGUUACACAGAUUCAUCAAGGAAAAAGUCGCCAGCUGUUACUCUUAAUGCUUCUAUCACAAGUUACCAUCUCACUGGACUGAAGGAAAAGACCACCUAUCGUGUGCAGAUUUCAGGAUUCACUAAUGCUGGAGAAGGAGCUCUGACUCUUUCACAACCUUUCAGCACUCCAAAAUACGAUAAAGGAGAACUUGAAAGUUUUGUGAUUGGCCUUUGUUUCACCAUGAUACUCAUUCUGGUUUUUGCACCUCUCACUUGUUCUCUGGUGAUUAAAAGGCUGAAAAUAUCAUAUUGGCGCAGUGUACCCACCCCAGGAAACAGCACUGCACUCCAAGACAUGACUAAUUGGAAACAUGUUUCAAGGUCACUGCUUCAGGCCCUGUCAGACAAUGAUACCACCAGCCUUUUCAUCAUAGAGCACGAAUCAAAGGUUCCUCUGACGCUAGACCUCUCCACAGAUGGUGGAGAAGACAACAAGCAUGACACCUGCCAGUCAGAGAAACCUAGCAAUAACACAGUUAUGAGCCCAAGGCAUGAACAAAUCCCUGCAGAAGCAGUUACAAGUGAAGAAGACACCAUUUCCACGGAAGUACCACUCUUGAGUGACUAUGCCAGCAUGGAGUUUAGUCAGAAAGCCCUGAUGAGUCUGGCAGUGAGCACACCUGAAAAAACUGCUCAUCCUCAUCUGAAAAUGGAACUAAGCAGCAAGCCAGCACAAACUGUGCAGAAGGUUUUGUUUGCUUCCCAGGACUACCUCAAACAAAGCCAGGUAGUACUUCUGCCAUCUGGACCAAAUUUCAUGGGACAAGCCAACUAACUAAACCUGAAGCAUCUUCAUUAUUUUCCUUACCAUAAAAUGAAGUUCCAAAUCUUGUUGUACUUCAGUGGGACCACCAGGACCAUAUGGGACAGUAAGCUUGUGACAAUAGUUAUCUCCACUAUAGUAAGUUUCCUUGGCGAAAUAGAUUGAUUGUAUUAUUAGAUUAGCUAUUUCACCACAGUCAUCCUGAGGAAAGUCCCACCAUCUUCACACAGGCAAAACUUUUAGGGACUUACAUGAAAAAUCUUUCAGUAAAGUACCUCUUGCUUGGUAUUUUGUUCCAGGGCAUUCAGGAGCCAUUCAAGGCUUCCACUCUAAGCACAAUGUCAUUGUAGAUAUCAGAAAAAUUCUCUACUCAAUAUGACCAGCUUCAGAUCUGAUUUUCAGAUCCAGUAAGUUUCUUCACCAAAAAUAAAUUAGAGCAAAAGUAUCUACCACUUCAAAGAUGAUCUCCAGUUGGUCAAAGCUGGUCACAAAAAUUAGUGCAAAUCUUUCAAAUUAGAAAUCAAAAGUUUGUUUAUUGAUCUUUGUAAAACACCACUAGUGCUUUACAUUCCAGAAUUUUACACCUUUAGUCAUUGUAGAUAAAUAGUGCUGUGUAAGUAAAGAUGAUAAUAAGUUUCAUUAACAGUAUUGGAGUUGUUACUUGUAUUAAAUUAAGGCUAUUUCCUCCUACAAUUACCCACACAUUCAGAUAAACCCAUCCAUAAUUUGUGAUGAGGUGUAGCUGCAGAUACGUUUCACACUGCAAUGACAAUAACUGUUAGACUUCAGGAGCUGAACAGAUAUUUCAAGUACCCAUACCUCCAAAGAUUGCAUGGAAGAGGAGCCACUGGAAUACAGGGGAUAAAAGGGUCUUUCUCAAUAUGCUUUCUAUGCAACUCCAUCAUGUAUCUCCACAAUGCAAGGAGUCUGAACCAUUUUCAGGCUUCCAAGAGUUUCUCAGUCAUGAACUCUCCAAGCAUUAAUGGUCUGCACUUAUUGUAGAAGAUCCAGUUUAUUGCUGUUGUCUCAAGUUUAAGGAGCAUUUUAUUAAAAUUGCUUUGUGGAGAAAGAAAUGUAUCAACUGUAUUGUAAGCACCAGAAAAUCCAUAGAUGGACAUUUUUAAAAAGUUUCUCAUUAAAAAUGAAGGAUGAUUGGCCUUCACACAAAUAUUUCCACCCAUACUAGGCAGUAAGAAUUAUAGAAUAGCCAUGCUCUCAAAAACUCAGAGAAACUCCAUAUCCCCACUUCAUUGAUUCAGUGAGAAUCCUUAACAGAAAACCUAGUUUAUUAAUUUUCUUAUUUAUAUUCACUCUCUCUUUAACUAUAUCUCUCUAAAUCUGUUAAGACUGCCAGGAACAAACCUGUAUUUCACUGUGGGUUAUGCACUGUAUUUUUUCUUAGCACUUAAAAUUCAUUGUUCUCCCACAAAGUAAUGUGGACUCAUAGCUGUUAAAACUUGCAAUUAAAACAAGGGGUAAGAGAAGCACUGCCUAGACAUUGCACAACUUUGGACAGUCUUUUAAAUAUCUUUCUUCUUUUCUGAACUUUAAUCUGGUGACUUUGCCUGAUUUGAAUUUAGGAGAAUGCAAAUGAUCCUGCUAUUAGGGGAGAUAUUUUUACUUGUAAUUUCAAGUAGUGGUAUUGAAAUGCUAUUACAGACAAUGAA